AUGGAAAAAAAUGAUUCGUAUUUAUUGAGAUAUCACAGGAACAAAAUUUUGAUUCACCUUUUAUAUGAGUUAAUAAAUUAUGAAAAAUAUAAGUAUACAAUUAAUAUAGAUUUUGAAAAUGAAACAUCAUAUAAUUAUAUAGAAAAUAUUAUAAAAUUGUUGUUUAAUUAUAUAUUUAAUUUAAAUGAAGAUUAUUUAGAUUAUGACACUACCGAAAAAAAUAGUAUAAAUACAAGUUUUUCUUCAUGUUCAUCAGAUAUUAUAAAUGAAGAAUAUCUAAACUCAAUAGACCAUGAUAAUAUUUUUAAUUCCCUCUUUUUUAAUAAUAUGUACAUUAAAGAACAUACAAUAAAUGAUCAUUGUGUAAAUGAAAUAUAUAAAUCAGACAAUUAUAAAACUAAACAUUUAUAUAAUAAUAUAAAGGAACAAAAUGUAAAUAAUGUAACUCAAAAUAAUCAAGUAGAUUGUUCACAUGAAGAUAUAUGUGAAAAAUAUACAGAAAUGUAUAACAAUGUAACAAAAUUAUCUAGUAAACAAAACAAUAUAGAACAAGAAACAUUACCUACUUACAUUCAAAAUGAUAAUAAAUAUAUAUCUUGUGAUAUAAGAAAUAAUGACCAACUUUUAAAUAAUACGGUUUUCAAUUUUUAUUUAAAUUGUAAUAAAAAUAGUAAAACAUUAAAAGAAAAAUUAAAAGUAGAAAAACAAAUAUUAACAAUUUAUUACAAAUCCUUUUCUUCUACUAUCAUUGAUAUGCUUUUAAAUAAUCCAAACAUACAUAUACCUGAUAUAAUUAUAUAUUUCCUUUUUAAUCAUGUACAAAAAAUUGAAGAUAUCUCUUCUUACUUCAAAAACCAAUCUUAUACAUUCGAUACAAUACAUUCCUACAUAAAACAAAUAAACAACAUGGAUAAUAAAAAUAUAAUUAAUAAACAUACACCUUUACAUACUUUUGAACAUUUUAAACAAUUAUAUCAUAAGGAACCAUCUGAAAAUAUUCAAAAUGAAAACAAUAUUAAUUAUUUAAAUAAUGAAACGGAAGAAUAUAACGAACAAUAUUCUGACAGUAUAGACAUACAUUUGCACAAAUUUAUAAAUGAUAAGGAAAUUGAGUCAACAAAUAAUUUAAAUUUUAACAUAGUCGAAUUUAAGAGUAUUCAUAUAAAAAAAGAAGACCCUUUCAUGUUAUCAACGUACAAAUAUAAUUUUAAAUUAAACAAAUCAAACAAUUUAUUAAAUAAAUUUAUGAGCAUAUUAAACUUACAGUUAGAAAAACAACUUCACUUCAAAUUUUGUCUUGAUAUAUUUUUUUUAAAGAAUAUGAAAUUAAUUAGUUUAGAAGCUUCCAAACCUUGGAUUUUUUAUUGGUGUAUACAUUCCAUACAUAUAUUAUAUAACACAUUUGAAAUUGAAGAAAAAAUAGGUAAACCUACAUUUGAUUAUAUUAAAAAAUGUGUUUUCCUUUAUCUAAACAAAAUAAAAAAUAAUGAUGGAGGAUUUGGUGGAGGAUUAAAUCAAUAUACACACAUUGCAACGACUUAUGCAGCUGUCUGUGUUUUUAUAUAUUUACAUGAUGAAGAAAAUAACUUUUUAAGUUUUCUUGAUAAAAAAAAAUUACAUUCUUAUAUACUAAAAUUGAAAUGUACAGAUGGAUCUUUUAGAGUACAUAUAAAUGGAGAAAUUGAUAUGCGAGGAACUUAUUGUGCUAUAUCUAUUUGUUCUAUGUGUCAUAUAUUAACAAAUGAGGUUAAAAAAAAUGUUGAAAAAUAUAUUUUGACAUGUCAAAAUUAUGAAGGGGGUUUUACAAGUGAAAAAUUCCAAGAAUGUCAUGGAGGAUAUUCUUAUUGUGCCUUAGCUACCUUAUGUAUAUUAGGAAAAGUUAAUAAAAUAAAUCUUAAAAAUUUAACACAUUGGUUAAUGAAUAAACAAAGUAAUAUAGAAGGUGCAUUCAUGGGAAGAACAAAUAAGUUGGUCGAUUCAUGUUAUUCAUUUUGGAUGGGUUCCAUAUUCUUCUUAAUUUAUGAAAUAUAUAUCUUAAAAAGUAUACUUUUUAAUAAAGGUGACAUAACAAAAAAUAAUCCUAAAGGUGAAUAUGUUAUUAUAGAAAAAGAGAAUGAAAUAAAGGAUUAUUCAAAAUCACAUGAAUUAUGUAGUGAAAAGGAUAUAAACUCAAAUACAUAUACAGAAAAUAUAAAAUCAAAUUGUUUUAAUAAAUAUUUAAAUCAAAAUAAUGAUAAUCCUAAUAAUUAUUUAUGUGAACAAAAAGAUGUUCUAACAUAUCAUAAAAUGCCAAAUGAGCAAACAAAAUUGUUACACCAUCAAAAUGUAAAGAAUAUAUCAAAAGAAUCCAAAAUUAUGGAAGAUAUAUUAUUUUUUGAAAAUUACAAAAAUGAAUAUAUACAAAAAAAUGUUCUGUUCAAUGAAAAUUUUUUAAAGCUUUACUUAUAUUUAUGUUCACAAAAUAGUAAAGGAGGAAUGAAAGAUAAACCAAAAGAAAGGAUAGAUUAUUAUCAUACGUGUUAUGCUUUGAGUGGAUUAUCCUUAGUACAAAAUCAUUUAUCAUCAUUAGAUAAAAAGAAUUUUAAAGACAUUCAGAAUAAAGAUAUAUAUAAUAAUUUAAAUAAAAUACAUAUACUAUAUAAUAUCACAGUUGAUAAAGUUUAUAAUAGUUAUAAUUAUUUUUCUCCCAAUAUUCCCUUAAAUCAAAAUAAAAUUAAUUAUAGAACAGGUAAAGGGGCAUAUUUAUAUUUAAAAAGGUUACUACAAGAAUGA